GUUGUCUUGUAUCUUCGUUUGCGUCUUAACCAACAGGCCACAUCACCCAUCCGUCAAAGCAUCAAUGUCCGCAUUAGUCCAUGCCCCGGCGUCGGGCAGCAGUUCGGGUCCCGGUUCAGGCCCAGGCCGGAAGCGCGGUGUCUCGACUUGUUUACCAUGUUACAACAAGAAGCAGAAGUGUAACCGUCAAUAUCCAUGCAAUCACUGCGCAAGGCGACGCAGACCGGAACAAUGCACUUAUGUAUACCACGACCAGCGUAAGGCUCCGGCUGCUGCUGCUGCUGCUGCUACUGCUCAAGCUGCUCAAGCUGCUGCUGCACCGAAAAAGAUGCCCCCGCCUUCGGUAAACCAAAACCAGUUUCACGAGAUCCAGCUGUUCGGGUCGUCGGGCAUGGGUUUUGCUGUCGACUCCGAAGGACAACCCGCCAUGCUGGAACCGUCCAACAGCUGUGGGACUGCUCUCCGGGAGGACCACACGACUCCGCUCUCCGAGUUGUUCGGGUAUUUUGAAGAUAGCGAAUCCAAUACGUUGGGUCUGCUACGAAGAGUGGCAGGCUUGGACCAACGAAAGCACAACCACCAAACCGUCCUAUCUCGCGAAGUCGGCGCCAGUGUCCUCGCAGAGAUGGAGCGGAUGCCCCCACGGACCGUCAUCGACUUCCUGAUGCAGUUCUUCCUAGCCGAGGUAAACUGGAUGUUCCACCUCGUACAUCCCGCCAGCCUGAUGUCCCAUUACGAAGCGUGGUGGAACAAGCGACGACAAAUCAAACUACCCGACACUGACGUGGAAUGCGUCUUCAAUGCGACCGACAUCGACUUUGCGGCGCUCAUACUGCGCAUCUGCGCCUUUGCCGCGCAGUUCUUGCCCUCGGCGUCGCAUACCAUCGACUCGGUCCGCGGAAUGCCCCUGGCGAAAAUCAGGGAGGCGUGCGGCGAAGUGGCCUCCGCUCUCGGUGGCAUUGCCGUGGAUAUCGACUCGCGGGGCUCCCUUUUCCGUGUGCAGCAUGUGUGUUUUUCCGGGUUGACGGCGGGGUGUGAGGGCCAUAUCAGGAAGGCCUGGACGACGCUGUGCUCUGCUGUGUGCCUGGCGCAGGGACUUGGUUUCCACCAGGAUGCGAGAGGGGACCAGUCCCUUUUGUUGGAUGAGUUGGAGUAUGAGAUGAGGAGGAGGGUGUUUUGCAACUUGUAUGUAUGGGACGGUCUUCUAUCCCGACAGCUCGACCAUGUUCCAUUUCUAAACGUCAGCCUCAAUGUCGAUAACCUUCCGAAAAUGAAUCUCACCACGGGGACGGAUCCGGAUAGCGGUGCCCCUGAAGGCUUUACUGAGCGUGUACUCCAAGCCCGGUUGGUCGCCUUCUGGCGAGACUGCAAGCCAAGCGAAAGCAGAGGGGCAGAGUAUGACCCGACAAGGGCACAGGAGAGGUACGAGAGAUUCCGACGCGAGUUCAUCGACACUCUACCUCCCGCUUUUGCCCUCGAGCCCAGCCUGGAAUGGGACAGACAGCUCCCCCACCUUUCCAUGCAGCGGCAGCUCCUCUACACAGCCAUCUUCGACUCCAUAUGCCACAACUUCCGUCCCCUUUUACUCCUAGAGCCCGCUUACAUCCGCCGUCUACCCGCGUACAAACAGGUGCUCCUCUCCUCGCAGGGCGCCAUCCUAGCCCACUCCGCCCUCAAGGUUCUCGAGUGCGUGUCGACCUUGAGCGGCAUGCUCGGGGCCACCUACACGCGCCUGGUGGCCAUCAUCUUCCACACCUUCGAAGCCGGCGCGCUCCUUUUAUGUCUCUGCAUCAGGGGCACGGUCCAGGACGGCGACCACCUUCACCAGGCCGAAGCGGCCUUGGCCGAGACCACGGGGACGGCGGGGGCCAUGGAGAUGAACGUCACGCGACGGCAGUGCGUCCAGGCCGCGCGGGAGGCGCUGGUCCGGCUGGAGCUGCUGGGCGAGGUCAGCGACAUGGCGGAAGCGGGUGCGUGCAGCUUGGCGCAGCUGAUGAGGCAGCUGGAUGGCCACGGUGGCGGAGAGGACGCACUCAUACUCUACUCCACCGCUUCGUCUCUGCCGUCGGAGAAGGAGGUCGAUGAGCAGAACCGGACGCCGCCGGAACUUGAGGAGUUUUGGCCCGAGAGCGGCUGCUCGGAUACCAUUAUGAAUAUGGGCUCAAGUAUAACGUUUGCCAAGAUGAAUUGCACCUACUUUGAUGGGUCACAGAUGGGUGAUUUGGGGGAUAUCUUGUUAGAAGAGGGCAUGCAGGGCUGGGAUGCUGGUUGAAAAGUCUCACCUGGUUCCUUACUUUGUCGGUACACGGAAAUAGGGAUAACAUGGCGUAUCGUCUGGGCGGAAUAUAGCACUGAGAAUU